AUGCAAAUCUUCGUCAAAACGUUGACAGGAAAAACUAUCACCUUGGAGGUGGAGGCUUCCGAUACCAUCGAGAAUGUCAAAGCCAAAAUCCAAGACAAGGAGGGAAUCCCACCAGACCAGCAGAGACUCAUCUUCGCCGGAAAGCAGCUUGAGGAUGGAAGAACUCUUUCGGACUACAACAUCCAGAAGGAGUCCACUCUCCACUUGGUGCUCCGUCUCAGAGGAGGAAUGCAAAUCUUCGUCAAGACACUCACUGGAAAAACCAUCACUUUGGAAGUCGAGGCUUCCGAUACCAUCGAGAAUGUCAAAGCCAAAAUCCAAGACAAGGAGGGAAUCCCACCAGACCAGCAGAGACUCAUCUUCGCCGGAAAGCAGCUUGAGGAUGGAAGAACUCUUUCGGACUACAACAUCCAGAAGGAAUCGACUCUUCACUUGGUACUCCGCCUCAGAGGAGGAAUGCAGAUCUUCGUCAAGACACUCACUGGAAAAACCAUCACACUCGAAGUCGAAGCCUCCGACACCAUUGAGAAUGUCAAGGCUAAAAUCCAAGACAAGGAAGGAAUUCCACCAGAUCAGCAAAGAUUGAUCUUUGCCGGAAAGCAGCUGGAGGACGGUCGCACUUUGUCCGACUACAACAUUCAGAAGGAGUCGACUCUUCACUUGGUUCUCCGUCUUCGCGGAGGAAUGCAGAUUUUCGUGAAAACUCUUACUGGAAAGACUAUCACUCUUGAGGUUGAAGCCUCGGACACUAUUGAAAACGUCAAAGCCAAGAUCCAGGACAAGGAAGGAAUUCCACCAGAUCAGCAUUGUAAAAUCGAAGUAGCAAGUAUUAAUCAGAAAAUUUCAGGAAAACAGCUUGAGGAUGGACGUACCCUCUCGGACUACAACAUCCAGAAGGAGUCUACUCUCCACUUGGUGCUCCGUCUCAGAGGAGGAAUGCAGAUCUUCGUCAAGACAUUGACCGGAAAGACGAUCACCCUCGAAGUCGAAGCUUCGGACACUAUCGAGAAUGUCAAAGCCAAGAUCCAGGACAAGGAAGGAAUCCCACCAGACCAGCAGCGAUUGAUUUUCGCUGGAAAACAGCUUGAGGAUGGACGUACCCUCUCGGACUACAACAUCCAGAAGGAGUCUACUCUCCACUUGGUGCUCCGUCUCAGAGGAGGAAUGCAGAUCUUCGUCAAGACAUUGACCGGAAAGACGAUCACCCUCGAAGUCGAAGCUUCGGACACCAUCGAGAAUGUCAAAGCCAAGAUUCAAGACAAGGAGGGAAUUCCACCAGACCAGCAGAGACUCAUCUUCGCCGGAAAGCAACUCGAGGAUGGACGUACUCUUUCCGAUUACAACAUCCAAAAGGAGUCUACUCUCCAUCUCGUUCUUCGCCUCCGUGGAGGUAUGCAGAUCUUCGUCAAGACGCUUACCGGAAAGACUAUCACCCUCGAGGUCGAAGCUUCGGACACUAUUGAGAAUGUCAAGGCUAAGAUCCAAGACAAGGAAGGAAUCCCACCAGAUCAGCAACGAUUGAUCUUCGCUGGAAAGCAGCUUGAGGAUGGACGUACCCUCUCGGACUACAACAUCCAGAAGGAGUCCACUCUCCACUUGGUGCUCCGUCUCAGAGGAGGAAUGCAGAUCUUCGUCAAGACUCUGACUGGAAAGACCAUCACUCUCGAAGUCGAAGCUUCUGACACCAUCGAAAACGUUAAGGCCAAGAUCCAGGAUAAGGAAGGAAUCCCACCAGACCAACAGAGACUCAUCUUCGCCGGAAAGCAAUUGGAAGAUGGUAGAACCCUGUCGGAUUACAACAUCCAAAAGGAGUCAACACUCCAUCUUGUCCUUCGUCUCCGUGGAGGUAUGCAAAUCUUCGUCAAGACUUUGACCGGAAAGACCAUCACUUUGGAAGUCGAAGCUUCGGACACUAUUGAGAAUGUCAAAGCCAAGAUCCAGGACAAGGAAGGAAUCCCACCAGAUCAACAAAGAUUGAUCUUUGCUGGAAAGCAACUCGAGGAUGGUCGCACUCUUUCCGACUACAACAUUCAAAAGGAGUCAACACUCCAUCUCGUUCUUCGUCUCCGUGGAGGUAUGCAAAUCUUCGUCAAGACUUUGACCGGAAAGACCAUCACUUUGGAAGUCGAAGCUUCGGACACAAUCGAGAAUGUCAAGGCCAAGAUCCAGGACAAGGAAGGAAUCCCACCAGACCAGCAGCGCUUGAUCUUUGCUGGAAAGCAGCUCGAGGACGGACGCACUUUGUCCGACUACAACAUCCAAAAGGAGUCGACCCUUCAUCUCGUUCUCCGUCUUCGUGGAGGAGAUAUGUAA